CUGCCCCUUUCGCCGCUUUGCAUCAGCAUCAGCAUCAGCAUGCCACAGCGGACGCCUCGAGAGCAAUGAGGACAGCCGAUUGGGGAACAUACCGAAGGAAGCGAUGGCCAAUUUCACUGCCGGGGCAUGUGCGCUCGGCCGUCCCCAUUUGACACCUAUCGCGUCGUCGGCCUCGAGGCAACGCGUCGAAGCCCCCGUCACCGCGAAAGCGUACGCGAUAUGCGCCUUCACUGCCUUUGGCGGCGUCCUCUUUGGCUAUGAUUCCGGCUACAUCUCCGGCGUGCUGGGCAUGGAUAGCUUCAAGCGCAACUAUGGACGUCCCUCGACUAUUGAUUUUUCUGGCUACGCAUAUCAGACCUGGGAGAAGUCCCUGACUGUCGCCAUCCUGUCCAUUGGCACGUUCAUCGGAGCACUCGUCAGCGGAUGGUCGGCCGAUUUGAUUGGUCGGAAAUCUACCCUGAUCGGUCCUGGAUGCGGCGUGUUCACCGUCGGAGUCAUUGUGCAGAUGGCAGCGACGCAUAUCUCAGGCUUCUGCUCGGGGCGAUUCAUCGCUGGUCUUGGCGUGGGCUGUUUGUCGGCUGUCAGUAUCAUCUACAUGUCAGAGGUGGCGCCUCGGAAAGUCCGGGGAGCAAUUGUAUCCUUAUACCAGUUUGCCAUCACCAUCGGCUUGAUGUUGGCAAGUUGCGUGGGCUAUGCAACACGGAACCUCGAAGGCUCUGCGGCAUACCGGAUACCGAUCGGCAUACAGUUCCUGUGGGCGGCCAUCUUGUCUAUCGGUCUGACGCUCCUCCCGGAGUCUCCACGAUACUAUGUCAAAAAAGGGCGAUUGGACAAGGCGGCCAAGGCACUCGCUCGCGUCCGAGGCCAGCCGGUAUCCUCCACAUGCAUUGAAGAUGAGCUCGCUGAGAUUGUCGCCAGCCACGAGUUCGAGCGGCAGGCUGGCAAGGUAUCAUGGCUUGGAAUCUUUUCGGGCGGCAUUAGUAGACCAAACUCCAACCUGCGCAAGAUCUUCAUUGGCACCACCCUACAGAUGAUGCAGCAAUGGACUGGUAUCAACUUCAUCUUCUACUACAACGUCACCUUCUUCCAGUCCAUCCACGUAAACAGCGCCUUCUUAGUAUCCAUGAUCACAACGAUAGUCAACGUGGGCAGCACGCCGAUUUCCUUCUGGGCGAUAGAGAAGUUUGGACGACGCUCUCUCCUCGUCUGGGGCGCUAUCGCCAUGUGUGUUUGCGAACUCGCCAUUGCAAUCGUCGGCGUAUCGGCGCCAAAUUCAUUGGCUGCUGACUACUGUCUUGUCACUUUUGUCUGUAUUUAUGUCGCUUGCUUUGCGAGUACAUGGGGUCCAACAGCAUGGGUUGUCAUUGGAGAAAUCUUCUCGUUGCCCAUCCGGUCGAAAGGAGUUGCUCUAUCCACGGCUAGCAAUUGGUUCUGGAAUGCCAUCAUCGGCAUCAUUGUACCUUUUCUCGUCGACUACGACAAAGCCGACUUGGGCGUCAAAGUCUUCUUCAUUUGGGGCUCGACUUGUGCCCUCUGUGCUAUUUUUGCUUGGCUCUUCGUUCCUGAGACAAGAGGUUUGACAUUGGAGCAAGUCGAACAGAUGAUGGACGAAGUCCCCGCCUAUCGCAGCAAAACCUACACUCCCAUGGACACAUUUGCCGAAAGUUAUGGUGGUGGUGGUGGUAAUGGUGCUUCAGUCAUCCCCACCAGCCUCACCACCACCACCAAAACCGAUCGACCUUCGACGGCGUUUUCCUCCAUCGCUUCUGCACAUGCCCAUACACCGACGAGUGCUGCGAGUUUUAUUGAAAUGGAUAGAUGA